AUGCUACAAGAGGGUAUAUUUUCACCAGCAGAAUGUAUCUCUGUACUAGCUGCUAUCAGUGAUACAAGUAAACAACUUGAAGUGUUAUACAAUUCAAGUUUAAAUAAAACAAUUUAUUUUUCUAAAAGACUUUCAUCUAAUCUACAUGAGCUUAAUAAUAUAACAAAUAAAAAUGCCUACUGUAUUCAAGAAGAAGAAGAAGACGAAAAAAGUAAACGAAGUUUUUUACAAAUAAUUGAAAAGUUAAUGAAUUUGUUUAAAUCACUUACUGAUGAAUUGAAUGAUUACGGGACUAUAAAUUGUUUAGAAAAAUACUGUAAUCAACAACAAGAUGAAUUAGAUAAAUUAGAAAAUUUUGUUAAUUCUGCUGAAGAAAAUGAAAGACAUUUAAAUGAAUUACAAAAUGAUUUACAAAAAUUAGAAGUUUGUAUGUGUAAUAAUACAGUAGAGUUUACAACAACCUUGACUUCAUUAAAACAUGAACUACAAGAAUUGGAGGAAAUUUCAAAUAUGAUUGAACAAUACAAAAAACAUGAUUAUGAUAUGAGAUUACAAAAAGAAUUAGCUAUUCAAUCGGAUGAAAUUAAACAGUUAACUGAUGAGUUAGAAAAGGUGAAAUUGCAAACACAACAGCAGGCUAGAAUAUCAGAAGAAAUUAAUGCAUGGUUAUAUUGUAAUAUUGCAAGAUUGGAAAAUGUUGCCGGCUAUGCAGCUAUCACUUAUCAAUCAGAAUAUAUGACUGAAAAAAUUAAUGAUAUUGUUAAUGAACUAGAGCAGAAUAAAGCUAUGCAUGCUGAAUUAGAAAGACAGCAAUUAGAAUAUGAACAAAUAAUUACUGCUGAUAAACGUGAAAAAGAGGCGAAACGUAUUCGUGAUGAAUAUGCGCAGAAAUUUCUUAUGUCAGUUUUACAAAUACAAGCAUGGUGGCGUACUAUGAUUGAGAUUCGUGGAAUAAGGUUACGGAAACGUAAGGGGAAGAGAAAAAAUAAAAAGUAGGCAGUUUAGUCCCAUGAUAAGAAUUGGAUUACUAACUAUCUAACAGUGACUGG